AUGGUGAGUUAUCCCAGCAGUUUCCAACGUGCACCCCGCGAAGUUCAUGUUGGCCUGAUAGGCGCAGGAAUUGGUGGUCUCGCCGCAGCCAUUUCCCUUCGACGUGCUGGUGCACGAGUAACGGUCCUGGAGGCCGCAGAGCAACUCGGUGAAAUCGGUGCCGGUAUCCAAAUGACACCCAAUGUCUCUGUCCUCCUUCAACGAUGGAACGUCGCCGAGGUCAUCGGAGACAACCUUGUACAAUUCGAAGAGCUGAACAUGCGCCGCAAAGACGGUACCCUCGUCGGCCACACCAAGAUCGCAACCCUGGAACAGACUCUCUCCCGGCCAUGGUGGGUUGUUCACCGCGCUCACCUCCACGACGGUCUGGCUGCCGUUGCAAGGAAGCUCGGUGCGGAGAUCUAUAUCGACUCCCGAGUCAGCCGCGUGGAGUACCAGACCGCAAAUGGUGCCGUGAACGUGGAAACCGAGAAGGGCGCCAAAUACACAUUCGACCUGGCUAUCGGCGCAGAUGGAAUCAACAGUGUCGUGCGCAGGACGCUCUUCCCUGAUGUCCGUCCGGAGCCCCCGACGACUAACUGCGCGUACCGUGCCAUUGUGCCGUAUGAGCAGAUCCGAAAGGACCCCGUGGCCAAGGAGCUCAUCGAAAAGUUGACUAUGGAAGUCUGGAUGGCUCACAAUGCAUACAUUAUCACUUAUCCUAUCUCCGCGGGCAAGGACUUCAACCUGGUCUUGUCUCAUCACCGUCCUGAGAAGCUGCGUGCUACGCAGUUGGAUGUUCCUAUUGAAGAGAUGCGCAAUGAGUACAAGGACUUUGAUCCUCGUAUCAAGCGCAUCGUGGAUAUGAUUCCUAACACUUCCCGAUGGCCAUUGAUGGUAACUGGCCCUCUCGAGUCCUGGUCAUCUCCCCAGAAGAACGUCGUCCUGAUGGGCGACGCCGCUCACUCCAUGGUGAACCACAUGGCCCAGGGAGCCGCCACUUCGAUGGAAGACGGCGCGUUCCUGGGUAAGUGCAUUGGCGCCGUGGUCGACGGCAAGCUCAGUCUCCGCGAGGCAGUCAACCUGUACGAAAAGGAGCGCAUGCCCAAGGCCUUUGAGAAGCAGCAGGUCUCUUUCCUCAACGGCGCCAUCUGGCAUCUGCCCGACGGCCCUCAGCAGCAGGCCCGUGAUGCCGUCAUGGCUCCUGAACUCGAAGGCAAAUACUACGUCCGCAGCAGCAACCUCUACGGUGAUCCCCAGACGGUGCUGGAGGUUUACGGCUAUGAUGCUGAGGCUCACGCCGACACUGCCAUCGCGACUUAUCUCAAUGGUGGAAAGCCGCCUACUUACGCUGACACGGGCAUGGCGCCCGCUCUGCAGGAGAAGUAUCUGGAUUGGUUCUUGAAGCUCAAUAACCGCACUGAGAGAGUUCAGAAGCUAUGAGCUACUAUUCACAUGUACCUAGUAGUAGCCGUUUGUUGGGCAUCGCGUUAGGAUAGAUUUUUAUGAGAUUUAUAUACCAAUUUACCAAUUAAGGAUGUGUU